GUGGGACAUAGAAGCUCAACAUUAAAACCACCUUCACCACCUCACAAAAACACCACUCAGGCUCAUCGGCCAGUUGACACUUUUGAGGUGUACAGCUUAGCCCAGCCCUUAAAGAUAGAGAGAGAGAUGCCACUGUCUUAUUGUAUAGCAGAGGGAAAGCCCUGCGUGCGUUGGGUUGAGAAGUACUUCAAGGACUGCCUCUGCAACCUCCGCGACGACUUCUUCUUCAACUUCUCCUUCAGUUUCGGGCUUGUCAGCUUAGUAUGUUGGGGAGUUGCAGAAAUCCCUAAGAUAAUCACCAACUUUCAGACUAAGUUGAGCCAUGGAAUAUCUCUUGCUUUCCUCCUCCUUGGGUUGCCGGGGGAUGCUGAAGAACUCUGCAUUUUCGAGGAAAAGUCUGGUAGAGCUUCAGAUUUAAUUGGGUGCGUGAGAGACUGCUGUAUUCAUGAAUCAUCAGUUGAUGGCUUUAAUUUGUGGGGUUUUAGCUAGAAGCCCAUGUGGCCAGAAUAGUUAAAAUGUUGAAAUAGUUUAGUUAAAAGCAACUCAUAUGAAGUCCACAUUGCUUCCAUUUUGCUUGUUUGCUUCAGUUAAUUUGUGGAUAUUGGCUUGAUUUGGAGAAUAGCCAAGAUUUUCAAGA